CCUCCUCCGCCCGGGCCGUUCGCUGCUGAGCGGAGAGAGCGAGGCGGGGCCGCCGGGGCCGCCAUGGAGCCCGACUCGGUGAUUGAAGACAAGACCAUCGAGCUCAUGUUACCGAAGUGCAUGUUUGGGAUUUUGUUGAAGAAAGCUGGAUACAGUAAACGGAAAGAAUCUUGGAAGAUGCUUGACUGCUGUCUUUUCUCAGACUAGUCUGAAGGGAAUCCCCCAUUCAUUCAGUGGUGGAUCUGAAGUGCAAAAUACUUUCCAGUGUUCUGUGCCAAGGUCUUUGUGGCUAGGCUGCGCCAACCUGGUAGAGAGCAUGUGCGCACUGAGUUGCCUGCAGAGCAUGCCCAGUGUCAGAUGUCUCCAGAACACUUCAGUUAUGGAAGAUCAAAAUGAAGACGAGUCCCCAAAGAAAAGUGCUCUUUGGCAGGUAGGCAUGAUAAGUAAUGGAACGUCAUCUGUGAUUGUCUCCAGAAAGAGGCCAUCGGAGGGGAACUACCAGAAAGAAAAGGACUUGUGCAUCAAGUACUUUGACCAGUGGUCUGAAUCAGAUCAGGUAGAAUUUGUGGAGCAUCUUAUCUCACGAAUGUGUCAUUAUCAGCAUGGACAUAUUAACUCUUACCUGAAGCCCAUGUUGCAGCGGGACUUCAUCACCGCUUUACCAGAGCAAGGCUUAGAUCACAUAGCAGAGAACAUUCUUUCCUACCUGGAUGCCAGGUCUCUGUGUGCAGCAGAGCUGGUGUGUAAAGAGUGGCAGCGGGUCAUCUCCGAGGGGAUGCUUUGGAAGAAGCUGAUCGAGAGGAUGGUGCGCACCGACCCUCUCUGGAAGGGACUCUCAGAAAGAAGAGGCUGGGAUCAGUACCUGUUUAAAAACAGACCUACAGAUGGCCCUCCCAACUCAUUUUAUAGAUCAUUAUACCCAAAGAUUAUCCAGGACAUAGAGACCAUAGAAUCCAACUGGCGGUGUGGACGGCACAACUUGCAGAGGAUCCAGUGCCGCUCUGAAAAUAGUAAGGGCGUCUACUGUUUGCAAUAUGAUGAUGACAAAAUUAUCAGUGGCCUCCGAGACAACUCUAUCAAGAUCUGGGAUAAAAGCAGCUUGGAAUGUUUGAAAGUGCUAACGGGACACACGGGCUCUGUCCUCUGCCUCCAGUAUGAUGAACGAGUCAUUGUAACUGGUUCUUCAGACUCCACAGUGAGAGUCUGGGAUGUGAACACGGGGGAAGUUCUCAACACACUCAUCCACCACAACGAAGCCGUGCUGCACUUACGCUUCUGCAACGGACUGAUGGUGACUUGUUCCAAGGACCGCUCCAUCGCUGUGUGGGACAUGGCUUCUGCCACUGAUAUCACUUUACGCCGUGUCCUGGUUGGCCACCGUGCUGCUGUCAAUGUAGUAGACUUUGAUGAUAAGUACAUCGUGUCUGCCUCUGGAGACAGGACUAUUAAAGUGUGGAGCACGAGCACCUGUGAGUUCGUCCGCACUCUGAAUGGGCACAAGCGAGGCAUUGCCUGUCUGCAGUACCGGGACCGGCUUGUUGUUAGUGGAUCAUCAGAUAAUACCAUCCGGUUAUGGGACAUUGAAUGUGGUGCCUGUUUAAGAGUCCUAGAGGGGCACGAAGAAUUGGUCCGGUGCAUCCGUUUUGAUAACAAGAGGAUUGUCAGUGGCGCCUAUGACGGGAAGAUUAAAGUCUGGGAUUUGCAGGCUGCUCUAGACCCUCGGGCCCCAGCAAGCACAUUGUGUCUGCGCACCUUGGUGGAACACUCUGGACGUGUGUUUCGGCUGCAGUUUGAUGAGUUUCAGAUCAUCAGCAGCUCCCACGAUGACACUAUUUUGAUUUGGGAUUUUUUAAAUGUGCCUCCCAGUGCCCAGAAUGAGACACGUUCUCCCUCCAGAACCUACACCUAUAUCUCCAGAUAGCAGCCUGCACUUUGGCCCAAUCUGGGUUUCCUGGUCUUGAACUACUGGCUACAUGGCUAUCACAUGCCUAAGGGAGUUCGUUCGUUCACGGCUGAGUUUUGGGGCUGGACUUGGUUCCAGAUGCUGGGUAGACACAGAGCAGCCCCACCCUCUAGCCCCGACAUUUCUCACUGCACCCCAGCUCUACUUGGAGAAGGACUUCUUAGCUCACCCCUGCAAGUAGGGCAGCAGCUCAUGCCCCUCCCUUCCGUGAAGACCCCAGCGCUUCCGACGCACACGUUCCCAAGAAGGACACAGCAAAGGCCGUCAGGAGAAGCCCUGCUUCUGAUUUGUCGUCGCUUUGCGCCUUGGUUUGGUACUAAAAGCAGCCUUGUGUUCUUGGUGACGUGCUGGGUGCCAAACGACUACCCAGAGUCUUCAGGGCUUUUCUCUGCAGCCUCAGCUUCUCCUUAGACCGCCAGUCACAGUCACGUCGCUCCGACGACCUGCAUAGGAAUGUGUCGGACGGACAAUGGGCAGACCUGGAUUAUCUUAGUAUUUUUGGAUUACACUUCCUUUCUGUUUCAAUUUCUUUUAAUUUAAAGAAUAAGUGGUUAUAUUACCUCUCUGCACAGGUAAUAUAGCUAUUUUCUUUAUUAACUGUUCUCUGUUUCCUCUUCAUCUUCUGAUACUUGGUAGAAUAACACCUUUAUCUGAGUGCUUGCCUCCUAAUUUAAAAUACUGUACCCGCAUGUAGAUAUAAUGUACAUAACGAUUCAAGCUCAAGGUGGCUGGCCAGCCCCCUGCGCCUGAGACACUACUGUGGAGAAGGUCACACCUGACUCCAGGGUUGCUGUGCUGGCCUAGAACCUUCCUUCAGUAUUCACUUGGGUUUUAGUUGUCACUGUCUUUGUGUGUGCAGUAUGUGCUUUCAGAUGGCACUUGAGAAGUUUCCCUUGUGUGUUUGUUGUGUGGCAACUGCAGUGGGCAGGUAUCUGCAGUCUCCACACCACUGUUGUUUCCCUCAUGAGUAUCUUCAGAGCUGGUGCUCCCCUCCUCAGGGUGGUCAUUGGCUUCUCUGUCCAACAGCCCAUCAUAGGGCAGUGACCCUGAGAUGGUGGCCUCAGGGACGGGGCUCCUGGCUCUGGGCUCCCUGCGCUCUGAUGGGCUGCUGAGUUAGAGCCUGUGGAACAGGUCAGCUGUUCAGAGCCCACACUGGGGACAAGGCACUGUGUGUGUGUGUGUGUGUGUGUGUGUGUGUGUGUGUGUGUGUGUGUGUGUGUGUGUGUGUGUGUGUGACAGCCCCAGGCCCUGUCAGCUUUGGUGACACUCAUCACUUUGGUUCUCAAAGUUCCCAAGUGAGAGUGGCACACAGGCAGGAGAUGGGUGACAUUAUUUCCCUCUUCCAAGAUUAAGUUUUGAUUUGCCCCUUGCCAUUGUAUCCAAAGAUCAAGGAAUGUCAGUACGGUUUUAAAGGACCAACCAGCCCUCCCUGUGAAUGAAGCCUCUUCCCGUGGAAGUGCACUCUAGGAGAGAGACAGCCUCUGGGCUCCGCUGGUCCUGGCAUUGUGAUGCGGUGGGGUCAGUGUGUACUGGAUGUGUUUACUGGGUUUGGCUUUCCUUUUUAGAUUUUUAAUGUUUUAGUUUUGUUUGUUUGUUUUCCCGAUUAAAUCAUUCUCACGUGCUUCCAUGUUUGUUUCUGAGAGGUGGGGGCUUAAAUGUAUAGAAAGUAGGCCCCAGCCCAUAAGGGGUGUGAACACACCACCUCACAGCUCGUCACCCAUUUGACAGGAACGCCCAGGGGAGAUGAGAGGAGGGGAGGGGAGGAGGGGAGCUCUGCACAAUUGGACUUUUCUGUUGUUUCUGCAUGUUUAAUAUAGAAGUUCCUGUCGGUCCUUGGGAGAUCAUGGCCUUCAGAUAUGCACACGACCUUUGAAUUGUGCCUACUAAUUAUAGCAGGGGACUUGGGUACCCAAGGAAUUCCAGUUUCUGGGACUACAGUAGUAACUCCCAGCUGUACUCUGGACUUUAUUUUGCUAACCGUAAUUGAACAACUGUAAAUUACUGCUAUAUUAAUGUGUUAAAGCACUGGGGUAGUCUAAUUCUAACUGGUAAUUAAUUAUGUUUGCCAAUUAUCUGUUUGAAAUAAAUAUGUGUCUGAACAGCUAUUGAACCUGUUAAAUUGUACAGAUAUUAUCAUGACGGCUUUGUACUGUGGAAUGUGCUUAAUAAAAACAAAAGUUUGACCUUUGUCCAAUAAAUUGCUAAGUAAUGUCAAUAAAUGAAGACGAGUAUUAUGCAGUCCAGCUGACCUGGCUUCCUGGCGAUUGUUAACUUCAGCUAAUCCACGCCAAUACGCUAAAUAAAGUGUUGCAGUGCCCCGC